AUGAUGAUGUCGCAGUCGCUCCAAUCUCGGCGCUCAUCGCGCAAGCCCGAUCUCUCGCUGAACCUUUCUACCGUCUCCAACUUCCGUCGAGUCGCCGCAUCGGCCCCCGCUCCUAGGCUGGACGAACGACUCGACACCGAGGGUCCGCCGAGCAGCGGGCGGCGCGACGAAGCAUUGGACACUAAGGCGCAGGCCUGGCGACCCGCUGCGGCCUUAUUUCACCUCAGCGCUGAUGGUAACAGCGCGGGUGGAACGAUAGGCCGUGACAUCUCGCAGAUCUCAUCGUCGGGACCUUUGUCCGCCGGCGGCGGCUCGGAGCCAGCAGCGGCGACCGGGUUAUCCCCUGGCAGGGCCUCCACAAUGCUAGGCGCUCGACGGUUCUCUCGCUCCUUGUCGUCCUCCGCUCUGCCCGAAUCGGCGCUUCCUCGCCCCUCGAACUUGUCGCUCUCCUCCGCGCAAAGCUCGGGCAGAUCGCCGCCGUCGUCGGACUCGUUCACUGCGCAGGAAGCAACAGCACCGGUUACAGCCGCCACGAGUACCGGCGCCAUCCCUUUCAGCAGCACGCAAGGCAGCACGCAAGGCAGCAUGGUGGUGAGCCAACCCUCAAGACGAGGACCCGCUGUUACCAGCGAUUCCGCUGCCCUUCCCAGCCCAACCACCCCCCGGCUCUCCCCGCGCCCUCCCCCCUCCCCGCGCCCUCCACCCUCCCCUCGACUCCUUCGCUCGCCGGUCUCACGCGCAUCUGCAAUCACAUCGGGACGCGACCAGCGCGCCGCUACCACCCUCGCAGCACGGCGAGCGCUUGACACACCCAUUCCUCCUCUGCACAUCAUGCCGCCCCCCACGCGUGCCACGCCUGUGAAGUGGCAGCCGCCGUCCCCCACGGCCGUGCGCAGCCCGCACGCGGAACUGAUUCAGCAGCGCGCGGCGGAGGCGAAGGCGCGGCAGGCGCACAUGGACGAUGCGUGGGGCGCGCUGCUGCUGCGCGACUCCCACGGCUGCUCCGCGUGUGGGCCCGCCAAGGGCGCAGCAGGCGAGUCUGCUACUGCUGAUUCUUUGCCCCUGACUGCUGGUGGUGCUUCGAAGCCGUCCUGGGGUGCUUCCUGGCAGCUUCUGAUGGCGUCGGGGCGAAGCCUCAAGGGGUGGAAUGGGGGCUCAGCGGCAGCUAAGGAAAGUGACAUUAACGGAGGUGUUCCUAGAGGGGAUGAGUUAGGGAGCCUGAGCGGCGGUGCACGUGAGAGGUCAUCAGGGAGCGUGAGGCGUGGCGUGGUGACGUCGAAGAGAGGGAGCAUGCGGAGGUUGUGUCGGUCCGUCUCAUUCAGCGACGGCUUGAAUACGGUUGCUGCUGCUGGUGAUGCUGCUGCCGCCACCGGUGGUGGUGGCAGUGGUGGUGAUGGUGGUGCUGCUGGUGGCGGCAUUGUGAGAACCGAGACUCAUGGACAUGCAGCGCACACCUCAGAGGAGGCACUUGUGGCAUGUGCAGCCCAGGGCGACCUCCAUUCGUUGCCGUGCAGUCCCACUCUCACCGCACGCCGUGCCUCUCUGGAUUCGUUGGGUCCUUCCUCACUCCGCCGCCAUUGGUUGAAUCCUGCCCUUUACGACCCCGCCUUGCAGCACUCUCCUUCAAUGAAAGACAGGCAAACGGGAAUGAGGGCGAGUACGGACACAAGAGGAGCACCACUGGGAGUGGGGACGAGGACUGGGGCAGACGGAGCAGUAUCGGGAACGGGAGCAACGGCAGGGGACAGUGGAACAUUCACCGAGCCAAGGAUGCUUGGCGUCAGCAGCAGCAGUCUAGCGGCUGACGACGAUGGGGGCAGCAUCCCUGCUUCCCCCAUGGGGGGCAGCACGCGUCACUGCAGCUCGCCACAGUGCUCCACAAUCUACUGCUGCACCAUUCCCAGUCCCGAUGCAUCAGCCUCCGCCACCCAAUCAGUGCCUGUCAAACGGCACCCUGGGACCGCCACACGGCGUCUGUACAGGAGAGGCACCCCGCGGAAGAUCUCCUCCUGCUCCGAUCUUCCCCAUUUGCCAGCACCAGCAGCGCCUCUCUUCACACCAGCGGCCGCCACCGCUGGUGCUGCAAAUGCCGCAUCAAUAUCAUGUGGUGGGGAUCCAGGAACGCAACUCCCUCUUGCCUCCGCUGAUAAUUCCUCACCUGCAGCUGCACUUUCGAGUGCAUCGCUCCCGCAUCGCAGCUUCUCGUCUUCCAUGCUCUCCUCUGCGUCGCCCAUGCUGCCUGUCUCACCGCUUGAUUCGACGGGGGAGAAGGGAACGAGGCCGUCGCAGAUGCGAAAGAAGGUGUCGUUCAACUCCAUGGUCAGGGUGCGGACGUUUGUGUCAUUGGAUGACUUCGAGCCUGCUUCUUCGGGAAAUGCCGCCACAGCAUCUGACGUGGCAGCUGAUGUCAGCGGUAUUUGCAAGCCGGAGUUCGCUGCUGAGCUGGCAGCGGCAGUGGAUGUGGUGAGGGAGCAGAUGGUAGCGGAGGAGCAGGGGGGGUACAGCAGUGGCAGUGAGAGCGAGGGCGGCAGCAGCAGCAGCAGCAGGGUGGACAAGAAGGACCGCUCGCCCGUCACUGUUGCUGACUUCGCCGUGCAGGCUCUUGCUGCUCUCGAGCUGGCAAGGCAGUUCCCCGGCGUGCCACUGGUGGGCGAGGAGGACGCCUCUCUGCUGCGCGCCCACCUCGCUGCCCCCACUGCCCCCACGCCUUCGCCACCAGCAGCACAGGCAGUCACUGGUGCUGCUGUGGGGCCAGCCACUGCAGCAGCAGCAGCCGGUGCUGCAGGUACCGCAGCAGCGGGGGCAGCAGGAGGCGGGGAGCAGGGGCCAUCUCUGGCGGAGCGGGUCACGGAUCUCGUGCUCCGCUUUGCCUCGCCCCACGCCCUGGCGCUGGGUGGCGCAGGGGAAGGUGUUGUGGAGGGGAGUGAAGGGCGGGCGGCAGCAGUGGAGGCAGUGCUGAUAGCCAUUGAUGCCGCCGCUGCUGCCACGCACGACCUUGAUGCUGCGACCACUGCUACUCCCAGGCACACAAGAUACUGGGUGCUGGAUCCAAUUGAUGGCACGCGAGGCUUUCUCAGGGGCCACCACAACCAGUACGCUGUUGGGUUAGCUCUCAUCGAGGACGGAGAGCUUGUCCUUUCAGCCCUUGGCCUUCCCAACAUGCCCCUGCCACGUGGCAACUCCUCAGCCACUCAAUCGAACCACGCUGCUGAUGUUGCAGGGUCUGCAGCAGUUGGUGAUGUUGACGUGGAGAGUGAAUCAGGAGAUGACAUGUGGCAGAGGCCACGUGGAAACUGGGCCAUGCAGCAGCAGAGUGCGUGCAGGCACCAGGCUGCCGUACUUGCCACGAGGCCCAUCAACUCAUCUCUCCUCGGGUGCCUCUCCCCCCUAGUUCCCCCUGCCGUUUAUGCAAGUAUGGGCAGUGGUUCUGGUCUGUGCAGCAGCGUUGUGCAUGCAGCAACCAUGACUCCUCGUGUGUCUCCCCUCCCCCUCUCCAUCGCCAGUCUGUGCAAGUAUGCGGCAGUGGCGCUGGGCUAUGCGGCGGUGUUCAUUCAGCACCCGCUGCCAGGCAGCCCGCACCUGAAGGUGUGGGACCACGCUGCUGGCGUGCUCUGCGUCACCGAGGCAGGCGGACAGGUAACCGACUUCGCAGGGCAACCGCUUGAACUCGGUGGGAAGGUGGGGCAGGCUGAUCAGGAAGCCGCACGUGCGGCGACAACACAUGCACCCGACCAAGGAUGCAAUGACGGCAGCAAUGGCAGCUUGGCGUAUUUCAGUCCGCAUGGAGGGGGAGUGGUGGCCACUAAUGGUGUGCUGCAUGCUCAAGUGCUGCACCACCUCGCACUAGGCCUGCGCAUGCGACGCGGGUAG